UAGAUGGAUCUUUGAAGAAUCUGGAAAAAUAACCUUUUAUAAAUAAAAAGCUGUAGCCUAACUUUAUGGAAACUACUUUAUGUGGGAUAUUUAAAAAGACUUAAAGUGAAAAAUGCACACAGCGAGUGCUUUAGUGAGGAACACAGUUCUCUUUAACCCUGCUUUAAGACCGACUUCUCAAAUAGCUCGGAAUGUUACAAAAAUUGCAUCACAUUUGCGCCGCAGGCCGGUAGAAAAGACGUUAAUUAACAAUAUUAGGUCCUAUGCAACAGCAAAUGCUCGGAUAUGUAGUUACAAUAAUGAUUUUCUGCUCAUUAAAUCAGUUAACAGCCGGAGACAAUAUUCAACUGGCAAUAAAAAUGACACAGAUGAAGAGGAGCCGAUAGUUGAUGCGAAAGAAGAGACUCCUCUGUUCUCCAGUCAACUGCCAGCCACUGUGGCAGUUCCAGAAGUGUGGCCACAAGUGCCAGUAAUAGCUAUAAAUAGGAAUCCUGUCUUCCCAAAGUUUAUUAAGUUGAUAGAGAUCUCAAACCCAGCUCUAAUAGAUUUAAUACGACGGAAGGUGAAACUAAACCAGCCAUAUGUCGGUAUAUUUCUACGGAAGAAGGAAGAUGACAAAUCGGACGUUGUUUCAAAUUUGGAUGAUUUACAUCAAGUGGGAGUGUUUGCACAAAUACAUGAAAUGCAAGACAUGGAUUAUAGGUUACGUCUUGUCGUCAUGGCUCACAGGAGGAUAAAGAUCACGGGGCAGUUCAUUGAAGAAGAAAUCGAGACUGGUCCAGCGGAAUCUGACGCCGAGAGACGGAGGAGGAAACAUCGCAAUACGAGACGACAGCAACAACGUAACGACUCCGAUUCAGAAACGGAAAAGGAAACAAAGAAACAACCUCCCGAUCAAGUCAUGAUGGUGAAAGUUGAAAAUGUCAUGCACGAGAAGUUUCAACACAACGAGGAGGUCAAGGCUUUGACGCAAGAAGUUAUCAAAACUAUACGGGAUAUCAUCAAUAUGAAUCCUUUGUACAGGGAGUCCCUUCACCACAUGUUGGCUCAAGGGCAGCGUGUGGUGGACAACCCGGUGUACCUGAGUGAUCUGGGAGCCGCCCUGACCGGAGCGGAGCCCCACGAGUUGCAGGCUGUUCUUGAGGAAAUGGAUAUACCAAAACGUCUGAUGAUGUCGCUGUCGCUCCUGAAGAAAGAAUACGAAUUGUCGAAACUGCAACAGAAGAUCGGUAAGGAGGUUGAAGAGAAAGUGAAGCAGCAACACAGGAAGUACAUCCUUCACGAGCAGCUUAAGGUGAUAAAAAAAGAGCUAGGUCUAGAAAAAGACGAUAAAGACGCGAUAGGAGAGAAGUUUCGCGAAAGGCUCGCAGAUAAGCAAGUACCGCAGGCCGUGCAGACUGUCAUAGACGAGGAACUGAACAAGUUGAACUUCCUGGAGAGCCACAGCUCGGAGUUCAAUGUAACACGCUGCUACCUCGACUGGCUAACCUCACUACCCUGGGGUGUAACUUCCGAAGAGAACCUCAAACUCGAAGAUGCCCAAGUUAUACUGGACGAAGAUCACUACGGUAUGGAAGAUAUCAAGAAGCGGAUAUUGGAGUUCAUAGCUGUAUCUCAGCUAAAAGGCAGCACGCAGGGCAAGAUUCUCUGCUUCCAUGGACCUCCUGGUGUUGGAAAAACUAGUAUAGCCCGUUCAAUUGCAAGAGCCCUCAAUAGACAGUACUUUAGGUUCUCAGUGGGAGGGAUGACAGACGUGGCUGAGAUAAAGGGCCACAGACGGACAUACGUAGGGGCUAUGCCUGGGAAACUAGUGCAGUGCUUGAAGAAAACUGGCACCGAGAACCCUCUAGUACUUAUCGAUGAGGUGGAUAAGAUUGGCAAAGGUGUCCAUGGUGAUCCAUCGUCAGCUCUGCUAGAACUUCUGGAUCCAGAACAGAACGCCAAUUUCUUGGACCAUUAUCUCGAUGUACCCGUGGAUUUAUCUCGCGUGCUCUUCAUCUGUACUGCCAACGUUGUGGAUAUGAUCCCCGAACCACUGAGAGACAGAAUGGAGCUUAUUGACAUGUCUGGUUACGUAGCAGAAGAGAAGCUAGCGAUAGCCCAACAGUACUUAGUACCCACAGCUCGUAAGAAUAGUGGACUAUCAGAGGAACAAUUAGAACUGACUCCGGAGUCUCUUCACGCACUUAUCAAGUCUUACUGCAGAGAAAGUGGAGUCAGGAAUCUGCAAAAGCAUAUAGAAAAGGUAGCGCGCAAAGUAGCGUACAAGAUAGUAAAACAAGAAGCGGACAAGAUGGUGGUGACUGAUGAAAACCUGUCGGAACUUGUUGGGAAGCCGACGUUCAAACACGACCGCAUGUAUGACGUCACUCCCCAUGGAGUCAUCAUGGGUCUCGCCUGGACUGCCAUGGGUGGCAGCACACUCUACAUCGAGACAGCAGUAAGGAAUCCCAUGAAGGAAGACAAGCCAUCAGUUGGUUCCCUGGAGCUGACGGGCCACCUCGGAGAUGUCAUGAAGGAAUCCGCUCGCAUAGCCCUCACAGUUGCGAGGAACUACCUCGCUAAACACUACCCUGACAACAACUUCUUGAACACCAGCCACCUCCACCUCCACGUCCCCGAGGGCGCCACCCCCAAGGACGGUCCCUCCGCUGGAGUCACCAUCGCCAGUGCGCUGCUGUCACUAGCGUUGCGGAGACCAGCUCGAGGCCGACUGGCGAUGACGGGGGAACUGUCUCUCACUGGGCGAGUGUUGCCUGUCGGUGGCAUCAAGGAGAAGAUUAUCGCGGCCAAAAGAGUGGGUGUGAAUUGCGUGAUAUUACCAGAAGAGAACCGUCGAGAUUUUGAUGAUCUACCCUCAUUUAUCAAAAAUGACAUUGACGUACACUUUGUCACCGAAUACGAAGAUGUUUUCAAGAUAACCUUCGAGGAUCAAAAGGAGAGAAUUGGUGGAUUGCAAUAAACAAAAUUUAACUUCAAGACUGAAGAUCAUCUCGUCAGUGAUGCUCCAAUAAGGCUCAAGUUUUGUUUCAACAAAUUUUAUUUUAAUAAUAAAUAUCUAUGUUAACA